GUCCCGGAUUGUCCAAUGAGCGGCUGCCCCGCCGUUAAUCCCGCCUCUGCCGCCGGAGGAGCAGCAAGUCCCGCCUCUGGAGAAAGGAUGGGCAGGUCCAGGGCCGUCGCAACCAAUGGCGGCCUUCGAUUGGAAGCCGGAAGUAGGGGCUGCGGGUGGCUCUCGCUGCCUUCCCCUGCCCUUCCGCCUCCGUGUCUCUUGCCGGGUUGGCCGAUGGAGGCGGCGUGGCUGGCCCUGGGGCUGGCGGGCCUGGCCGUAGCCGGGCUAGUCCUGAUUGCUGUCAUCGCACACGUGACUGCCACAAAGAUGCUGCCUUCGCACCCACACGAUGAUCUAAAGUUCUUGGCCCAUGACGAUGCUGAAGGCAAGAAGGAACCUGUGCCCAGCAUCCACGACCCCCCAACCCGGGACCUGUCUGUAGUCGUGCCUUCGUACAACGAGGAAGAACGGUUGCCUUCGAUGAUGGAUGAAGCUUUACAGUAUCUAGAGAAGAGGCAGAUGCAAGAUCCUGCAUUCACCUAUGAAGUCAUCGUGGUCGAUGAUGGCAGCAGAGAUCAGACCACAAAGGUGGCCCUGAAGUACAGCCAGAAAUAUGGCAGGGACAAAGUGCGGGUCCUCACGCUGCUGAAGAACCGUGGGAAAGGGGGAGCUGUCAGGAUGGGUGUCUUGAGCUCACGAGGGAAAAAAAUCCUCAUGGCGGAUGCUGACGGAGCCACAAAAUUUGAAGAUGUUGAGAAGGUCGAAAAGGGUCUUGAGAAUCUCCAGCCCUGGCCUGACCAGAUGGCCGUCGCCUGCGGAUCUCGAGCACACUUGGAGAAAGACACAAUAGCACAACGUUCCUACUUCCGGACACUUCUCAUGUACGGAUUCCACUUCCUCGUGUGGUUCCUUUGCGUUAAGAAAAUAAGGGACACCCAAUGUGGGUUUAAGCUAUUAACCCGGAAAGCAGCUUCCCGAAUGUUUUCAACUCUUCAUAUAGAGCGCUGGGCGUUCGAUGUGGAACUUCUUUAUAUAGCUCAACACUGUAAAAUACCAAUAGAAGAGGUUGCUGUCAACUGGACAGAAAUUGAAGGUUCCAAACUGGUUCCCUUCUGGAGUUGGCUGCAGAUGGGCAGGGACCUUCUCUUCAUACGUCUUCGCUAUUUGACGGGCGCAUGGCAGCUCGGCACAAGAAAGAUGGACUAGGCUUACAUGCCCUCUCCAAAUAGAUUUUUUAAAUAAUUCAAAAUACCAAGGAUUAUUUCUGUGUCAUGGAAUGAGGAAAACAGGCCAAGGUUGCCUUUCUUUUACGGCUGCAUUUUGGGAAUCCUGUUUUUCGUUCAUUGCCAAGGGUGCAGAUGGUGUAUAAGAUGCCUUUUCCAUUUAAAAAAAAGUUUUGCAAGCAGGGAUCAGCUUUUUUUUCUUUUGUAGCAGCAUUUGAACAUUUUUCUCCUACAUAAAGGAUGUGUGUGGCAUUCGUCACAAAUGUUAAUAAAAAACUCACAAACUCUUAUGGUCCAUGAAGUCUGCCAAUGCAGCUGUCCAGUUAUUGCUCCUAGAUUGGUGUGCAAGAGGAUGUAUCUUUGCAAUGUGCAGGGCUUGUUAAAGCUAACCGUGAUUCUUUGUGGGUGAGGAGUGAGCCCCAAAGAAGAGAAUUCUCUAGAUUCAGACUCUUGUCGGUUUACUGGAACUGGCUGCAGAAGUUUAAAAACUGUCAUGUCAUUCUGUAAUUUCUCCCAUGAUGCCAUUUUUCAGGAGUAUUGAAUGUUUAUACUUAAAUAUGAUCUAGGCUAUUUUGAGGGCCUAUUGAUGGGAGUGGGAACAACGUUGGAUGAGUUGAGGUCAAUAAGGUGUAAAAAUGGUUAAUUUUGAGCAGGGCUGUACAGUUGUAAGACAAAAGGUGUGCCUGAUAAUGGAACAGCUCCAUGACCAAAAUUCAGGAAACAAUUGUGUAAAGACUCUGCUAGCAUCAGUUUUUCCUCUGUUAACUGUAAUGGUGUGGCGAAGCUGUGAGUGUAUUGGACUUUUUAAUUGACUACAACAGUAAUUCCAACGAACAUUCAAAAUAUUUUCGCCUCUCGAAACUGUGGAACAUUAAAUUUAAAAUGGUG